AUGGAUUUGACUAAGAUGGGCAUGAUCCAGCUGCAGAACCCCUGCCACCCCACCGGGCUGCUGCACAAAGCCAACCAGAUGCGCCUGGCAGGGACGCUGUGCGACGUGGUCAUCAUGGUGGACAGCCAGGAGUUCCACGCGCACCGGACGGUGCUGGCUUGCACCAGCAAGAUGUUCGAGAUCCUCUUCCACCGCAACAGCCAGCAUUACACCCUGGACUUCCUCUCGCCAAAGACCUUCCAGCAGAUCCUGGAGUACGCCUACACCGCCACCCUGCAGGCCAAGGUCGAAGACUUGGACGACCUGCUCUACGCCGCCGAGAUCCUGGAGAUCGAGUACCUGGAGGAGCAGUGCCUGAAGAUCCUGGAGACCAUCCAGGCCUCCGAGGACAACGACGCCGAGGUCGCCAUGCCGUCCGCCACCACCGCCACCACCCAGGACGGGAAGCCCCUGGGCAUCUACUCCCUGCUGCCGAACCACAAGACUGAGCCGGUGCUCGGCGUGCCGCCCUCGGUGGCGUCCGCCCUGCACGUGCAGCCGGCCCUGGCCGUCUCCAUGGACUUCAGCGCCUACGGGGGGCUGCUGCCCCAGGGCUUCAUCCAGCGGGAGCUGUUCAGCAAGCUGGGGGAGCUGGCGGCCGGCAUGAAGACGGAGAGCAGAGCCCUGGGCGAGCAGUGCAGCGUGUGCGGGGCAGAGCUGCCGGACAACGAGACCCUCGAGCAGCACAGGAAGCUGCACAGCGGGAUGAAGACUUACGGAUGCGAGCUGUGCGGGAAGCGGUUCCUGGACAGCUUGCGGCUGCGAAUGCACUUACUGGCUCACUCAGCGGGCGCCAAAGCCCUGGUCUGCGAUCAGUGCGGCGCCCAGUUCUCGAAGGAAGAUGCCCUGGAGACGCACAGGCAGACGCACACCGGUACGGACAUGGCCGUUUUCUGCCUGCUGUGCGGCAAGCGGUUCCAGACGCAGAGCGCCCUGCAGCAGCACAUGGAGGUGCACGCCGGGGUGCGCAGCUACAUCUGCAGCGAGUGCAACCGCACCUUCCCCAGCCACACCGCGCUCAAGAGGCACCUCCGCUCCCACACAGGGUUUGGCAUUGCAGGCAGCGUCACCCCCAGCCCCCUGCUCGCCGGGCUGGCUCUGCGGAGCGUUUCUUGGGGUCCCCUUUCCCCUGAGGACCCAGGGGUACGGACAUGGCCGUUUUCUGCCUGCUGUGCGGCAAGCGGUUCCAGACGCAGAGCGCCCUGCAGCAGCACAUGGAGGCGCAAAAAGCUGUGCGGCAGGCGGUCCCAGACGCAGGGCGCCCUGCAGCAGCACAUGGAGGUGCACGCCGGGGUGCGCAGCUACAUCUGCAGCGAGUGCAACCGCACCUUCCCCAGCCACACCGCGCUCAAGAGGCACCUCCGCUCCCACACAGGUACGAAGCCCUUCGAGUGCAAGCUGUGCCACCAGCGCUCCCGGGACUACUCGGCCAUGAUCAAACACCUUCGGACCCACAACGGCGCUUCCCCCUACCAGUGCACCAUUUGCCUGGAGUACUGCCCCAGCCUCUCCGCCAUGCAGAAGCACAUGAAGGGCCACAAGCCGGAGGAGAUCCCCACCGACUGGCGGAUAGAGAAGACCUAUCUCUACCUCUGCUACGUCUGA